CACCGGCCGCUGCAGGAGACGGCUCCAAGCCGUCACCCUCGGGGACUGUCCCUCGGGCCGACCUCGGCCUUGAUGGAGAGGAGGCGCCGCGCGGGCAGCGCCGAGGCGGAGGCGGCGGCCGCAGGCACCGGGAGCCGAGCCCGAGGCGGAGGCUGGAGGCGGGGUGGUGGCCGAGGAGCAGGCGGCGGCAUCGGCGGCAUCGGCGGCAUCGGCGGCAUCGGCGGCGGCGGCGCUUGAGUAGCUCCCUGGCCGGUCCGGCCUCCCGGGCCCACGGACCCCCGAGCCUCGCCCGCACGCCUGCCUUCGCGGAUUUUGGUGAUUUCUAUAAAUUGGCCAAGAUGAAUAUGGUGAAGAGGAUUAUGGGCCGGCCUCGCCAGGAAGAGUGCAGCCCACAGGACAAUGCUUUAGGAUUGAUGCACCUUCGGCGCCUCUUUACUGAACUCUGUCAUCCUCCUCGGCAUAUGACUCAGAAAGAACAAGAAGAAAAACUUUACAUGAUGUUACCUGUGUUUAAUAGGGUUUUUGGAAAUGCCCCACCAAAUACAAUGACAGAAAAAUUUUCUGAUCUUCUACAGUUUACAACCCAAGUUUCACGCCUAAUGGUGACUGAAAUUCGAAGGCGAGCAUCAAAUAAAUCCACAGAGGCUGCAAGUCGUGCCAUAGUCCAGUUCCUGGAGAUCAAUCAGAGUGAAGAAGCCAGUAGAGGUUGGAUGCUUCUAACGACAAUUAAUUUGUUAGCAUCAUCUGGGCAGAAAACUGUAGACUGCAUGACCACUAUGUCAGUGCCUUCCACACUGGUUAAAUGUCUCUAUCUAUUUUUUGACCUCCCACACGUGCCUGAGGUAGUUGGAGGUGCACAGAAUGAACUACCUCUGGCUGAGCGCCGGGGACUUCUCCAGAAAGUCUUUGUCCAGAUAUUGGUGAAACUCUGCAGUUUUGUGUCCCCAGCAGAAGAACUGGCUCAAAAAGAUGAUCUCCAGCUUUUAUUCAGUGCAAUAACCUCUUGGUGCCCUCCCUAUAACUUGCCUUGGAGGAAGAGUGCAGGAGAAGUCCUCAUGACCAUAUCCCGUCAUGGGCUUAGUGUCAAUGUAGUAAAAUACAUUCAUGAAAAAGAAUGUUUGUCAACAUGUGUCCAGAAUAUGCAGCAGUCAGAUGAUCUUUCUCCCUUAGAGAUCGUUGAAAUGUUUGCUGGGCUUUCUUGCUUUCUCAAAGAUUCCAGUGAUGUUUCUCAAACACUGCUUGAUGACUUUAGGAUAUGGCAAGGAUAUAACUUUCUCUGUGAUCUCUUGCUCAGAUUGGAACAAGCAAAAGAGGCAGAAUCCAAGGAUGCUUUGAAAGAUCUAGUUAAUUUGAUAACUUCUCUAACAACAUAUGGUGUCAGUGAACUAAAACCAGCUGGUAUUACCACAGGGGCACCAUUUUUAUUGCCUGGAUUUGCAGUUCCUCAGCCCGCAGGAAAAGGUCACAGCGUCAGAAACAUCCAAGCCUUUGCUGUCCUCCAGAAUGCAUUUUUAAAAGCAAAAACGAACUAUCUUCCACAAAUCAUCCUUGAUGCCAUCACAAAUAUCUACAUAGCUGACAACGCAAACUAUUUCAUCUUGGAGUCACAGCACACAUUGUCCCAGUUUGCAGAGAAGAUUUCUAAGCUGCCAGAAGUGCAGACCAAAUACUUUGAGAUGCUGGAAUUUGUUGUUUUCAGUUUAAAUUAUAUCCCUUGUAAAGAGCUUAUCAGUGUCAGCAUUCUCUUAAAAUCCAGCUCAUCUUACCAGUGUAGCAUCAUUGCCACAAAAACUCUUCUUAAGUUCACACGACAUGAUUAUAUAUUUAAAGAUGUAUUCAGGGAGGUGGGCCUUCUGGAGGUAAUGGUAAACCUCUUGCAUAAAUAUGCUGCCUUCUUGAAAGAUCCUCAGACUCUAAAUGAGCAAGGGGAUUCAAAAAACAAUAGCUCAGUAGAAGACCAGAAGCAACUGGCUUUGCUGGUUAUGGAGACCUUGACAAUUCUACUCCAGGGAUCAAACACAAAUGCAGGGAUCUUCCGGGAAUUUGGAGGUGCAAGGUGUGCCCACAAUAUUGUCAAGUACCCCCAAUGCAGGCAGCAUGCUUUGAUGAUCAUCCAGCAAUUGGUGCUGUCCCCUAGUGGGGACGAUGACAUGGGUACACUCUUAGGCUUGAUGCAUUCAGCUCCACCCACUGAAUUACAACUGAAGACUGACAUUUUAAGGGCCCUCCUCUCAGUUCUAAGAGAGAGUCAUCGCACAAGAACAGUUUUUAGGAAAGUUGGAGGAUUUGUCUACAUUACAUCUUUGCUUGUUGCCAUGGAAAGAUCCUUGAGUUGUCCACCCAAGAAUGGCUGGGAGAAAGUGAAUCAGAAUCAAGUCUUUGAACUUCUUCACACUGUUUUCUGCACACUGACUGCAGCUAUGCGUUAUGAACCAGCCAACUCUCAUUUCUUCAAAACAGAGAUCCAGUAUGAGAAACUGGCAGAUGCUGUACGAUUUCUUGGCUGCUUUUCAGACUUAAGGAAGAUAAGCCCCUUAAAUGUUUUCCCCUCAAAUACCCAGCCAUUUCAGCGACUCCUGGAAGAUGAUUUAACAUCUGUCGAUUCUGUCUCACCCACAUUACGGCACUGCAGUAAACUCUUUAUUUAUCUCUACAAAGUAGCCACAGAUUCCUUCGAGAGAAAUUUACUGGCUCCCUUGGUGGGGGUGCAUUAUACACAACCCCAGCACGCUCUGGACCUCCAGUUGGCCGUAGCCAAUAUUUUGCAAUCCCUGGUGCAUACAGAGAGGAACCAGCAAGUGAUGUGUGAGGCAGGACUCCACGCGCGCCUUUUACAAAGAUGCAGUGCGGCCCUGGCUGAUGAAGACCACUCUUUGCACCCCCCCCUCCAGAGGAUGUUCGAGAGGCUUGCUUCCCAGGCCCUGGAGCCUGUUGUGCUCAGGGAGUUUUUACGUUUGGCCAAUCCUUUAAAUUGUGGUGCCUGGGAUAAAAAUCUCUUAAAACAAUAUCGCAUCCACAAGCCCAGUUCAUUAAGUUAUGAACCUGAGAUGAGAGGUAGUAUGGUUACAUCUAUUGAAGUACUGGGUUCUGAUAAUGUGUUUAGUUUACAUGAAGAUAACCAUUACCGGAUUAGCAAGAGUUUGGUCAAAUCUGCAGAAGGAAGCACCGUACCCUUGACUAGAGUAAAGUGUUUAGUCUCGAUGACAACCCCACAUGAUAUCAGGCUGCAUGGAUCAGCAGUUACCCCUGCUUUUGUUGAAUUUGACACAUCAAUUGAAGGAUUUGGUUGCCUGUUCCUACCCAGUUUGGCACCUCAUAAUGCACCUACAAAUAAUGCUGCUACAGCAGGUCUUACUGAUGGUACUGUAAUCAGUGGAAUUGGAAGUGGUAAAUAUUACUUAGUGGAUUUGAAUGAAAUGGUGAUGAUGAUGAUGAUAGUGAUCAUGGUGGUGAUGAGGAGGGCGGUGGUGGUGGUGGUGGAAUCUCAUUCUCAUGUCGAUGACUUCAGUGAAGAAUCCUCUUUUUAUGAAAUUCUUCCAUGUUGUGCACGCUUUCGCUGUGGAGACCUCAUAGUUGAGGGACAGUGGCAUCACCUUGUCCUAGUAAUGAGUAAAGGCAUGUUGAAAAACAGCACUGCUGCCCUCUACAUUGAUGGGCAGCUUGUCAAUACAGUGAAGCUUCAUUAUGUUCACAGUACUCCAGGGGGUUCAGGUUCUGCAAAUCCACCUGUUGUCAGCACAGUAUAUGCCUACAUUGGCACACCACCUGCUCAACGCCAGCUUGCUUCAUUAGUGUGGCGCCUGGGACCCACACAUUUCUUAGAAGAAGUUUUGCCCAUUUCAAGUGUUAAUAUUAUUUAUGAACUAGGACCAAACUAUGUUGGAAGCUUUCAGGCUGUACAUGUCCCAUGUAAAGAUUCCAAAUCUGAAAGUGGCAUCCCAUCCCCUGUGUCAUUAGUACCAGAAGAAAAAGUAUCAUUUGGUCUCUAUGCCCUCUCCGUGUCUUCGCUUACAGUGGCAAAAAUAAGGAAAGUUUACAACAAGUUAGAUAGUAAAGCCAUUGCCAAGCAGUUAGCUAUUUCCUCCCAUGAGAAUGCCACCCCUGUGAAAUUGUUACAUAAUUCCGCCGGGCAUCUGAAUGGGCCAGCGCGCACUGUUGGUGCUGCACUCAUUGGCUACUUAGGAGUAAGAACAUUUAUACCUAAGCCUGUGGCCACAACUUUACAGUACAUUGGUGGAGCUGCUGCCAUUCUGGGUUUAGUAGCCAUGGCAUCAGAUGUGGAAGGGUUAUAUGCUGCUGUAAAGGCCCUGGUUUGUGUAGUAAAGAGCAACCCAUUAGCCAGCAAAGAAAUGGAAAGAAUCAAAGGUUACCAGCUAUUGGCAAUGCUACUGAAAAAGAAACGUUCUCUUCUGAAUAGCCAUAUUCUCCAUCUGACUUUCUCUUUGGUGGGAACUGUUGAUAGUGGACAUGAGACAUCCAUCAUUCCAAACUCUACUGCCUUCCAGGAUUUGCUUUGUGAUUUUGAAGUCUGGCUUCAUGCACCAUAUGAGUUACAUCUUUCAUUAUUUGAACACUUCAUUGAACUACUCACAGAGUCCAGUGAAGCUUCAAAAAAUGCUAAAUUAAUGAGAGAAUUUCAGUUAAUCCCAAAGCUGCUACUUACACUUCGCGAUAUGUCUUUGUCUCAACCCACCAUUGUUGCUAUUAGUAAUGUGCUGAGCUUCUUACUUCAAGGCUUCCCCAACAGCAAUGACUUGCUCAGGUUUGGACAGUUCAUUGCUUCCACUUUGCCAACAUUUGCUGUCUGUGAGAAAUUUGUAGUCAUGGAAAUAAACAAUGAAGAAAAGCUGGACACUGGAACUGAGGAAGAUUUCGGAGGUCUUGUAUCUGCUAAUCUUAUCCUUUUGAGAAAUAGAUUGUUAGAUAUUCUACUUAAACUAGUCUACUCAUCAAAGGAAAAGACAAAUAUUAAUAUACAAGCUUGUGAAGACCUGGUCCGGACACUGGGUUUUGACUGGCUCCUGAUGUUUACUGAGGAACAUUUGCAUUCGACUACAGUGACUGCAGCCAUGAGGAUUCUGGUUGUCUUGCUGAGUAACCAAUCUGUUCUCAUCAAGUUUAAAGAAGGACUCAGUGGUGGAGGCUGGCUCGAGCAGACGGAUUCUGUCUUGACCAAUAAAAUUGGCACUGUGCUAGGAUUCAAUGUGGGCAGAAGUGCUGGUGGCCGGUCAGCUAUAAGGGAGAUUAAUCGGGAUGCCUGUCAUUUUCCUGGCUUUCCAGUUCUUCAGUCAUUUCUCCCUAAACAUACUAAUGUCCCUGCUCUUUAUUUCCUCCUCAUGGCCCUCUUUCUGCAGCAACCAGUUACCGAGCUGCCUGAAAACCUGCAGGUCAGUGUACCUGUCAUCAGCAGCCGAUGUAAUCAGGGUUGCCAGUUUGAUUUGGAUUCCAUUUGGACAUUUAUCUUUGGGGUUCCUGCCUCCAGUGGACCUGUAGUCUCUUCAAUCCAUAAUGUUUGUACAGAAGCCGCUUUUUUGUUGUUAGGAAUGCUUCGCAGCAUGCUAAAUUCACCUUGGCAAUCAGAAGAAGAAGGGUCUUGGCUCAGAGAAUAUCCUGUUACAUUAAUGCAAUUUUUUAGAUACUUAUAUCACAAUGUUCCAGACCUAGCUUCAAUGUGGAUGAGCCCAGAGUUUCUGUGUGCAUUAGCAGCUACAGUUUUCCCCUUCAACAUCCGACCUUACUCUGAGAUGGUUACUGAUCUUGAUGAUGAAGUAGGGUCUCCAGCAGAAGAGUUCAAAGCCUUUGCAGUUGACACAGGAAUGAACAGAAGUCAAUCGGAAUACUGUAAUGUUGGCUCCAAAACCUACUUGACCAACCACCCAGCAAAAAAGUUUGUUUUUGAUUUCAUGCGAGUCUUGAUUAUAGACAAUCUCUGCCUCACACCUGCCAGCAAGCAGACUCCAUUAAUUGACCUGCUGUUGGAGGCUUCUCCUGAAAGGUCUACAAGAACUCAGCAAAAAGAAUUUCAGACUUAUGUUUUAGAUAGUGUCAUGGACCACUUGCUUGCAGCUGAUGUUUUGUUGGGGGAAGAUGCAUCUCUACCCAUUACCAGUGGAGGAAGUUACCAAGUGCUAGUGAACAAUGUAUUUUAUUUCACCCAGCGUGUGGUCGACAAGCUUUGGCAGGGAAUGUUCAACAAGGAAUCUAAGCUUCUUAUAGAUUUUAUUAUUCAGCUGAUUGCACAGUCAAAACGAAGAUCCCAAGGGUUGUCACUGGAUGCCGUUUACCACUGCCUAAAUAGGACCAUCUUGUACCAGUUUUCAAGGGCACACAAAACAGUCCCACAGCAAGUUGCUCUCCUCGAUUCUCUUAGGGUCCUUACUGUGAACAGAAACUUAAUCCUAGGACCAGGAAACCAUGACCAAGAGUUCAUUAGCUGUCUGGCUCAUUGCUUGAUAAAUCUGCAUGUUGGAAGCCACGUGGAUGGAUUUGGCCUUGAGGCAGAGGCCCGCAUGACAACCUGGCACAUCAUGAUCCCCUCCGACAUAGACCCAGACAGCAGCUGCAGCCAAGAUGUCAGUGAAGGUCGUCAGCUUCUCAUAAAAGCUGUCAACAGAGUCUGGACUGAAUUGAUACAUAGUAAGAAACAAACUCUGGAAGAACUUUUUAAGGUGACUCUGCCUGUCAAUGACCGGGGACUGGUGGAUAUCACCAUUGCAAGGCCUCUGAUUGAAGAAGCUGCUUUAAAAUGCUGGCAGAACCACUUGGCCCAUGAAAAGAAAUGCAUCAGUCGAGGAGAAGCCCUGGUGCCAAGCACACAGUCCAAACUGUCCCGAGUCAGCAGUGGUUUUGGCCUUUCCAAGUUAACAGGAUCCAGAAGGAAUCGAAAGGAAAGUGGCCUCAACAAACAUAAUCUCUCCACACAGGAGAUUUCCCAGUGGAUGUUUACUCAUAUUGCUGUUGUACGGGACUUGGUAGACACACAGUAUAAAGAAUAUCAGGAGCGUCAGCAGAAUGCCCUGAAAUAUGUGACAGAAGAGUGGUGCCAAAUAGAGUAUGAGUUGUUGCGGGAAAGAGGCCUGUGGGGUCCUCCCAUUGGCUCUCAUCUGGACAAAUGGAUGUUAGAGAUGACUGAAGGGCCCUGUAGAAUGAGGAAGAAGAUGGUUCGGAAUGACAUGUUUUACAACCACUACCCUUAUGUGCCAGAAACUGAACAAGAAACAAAUGUGUUGUCUGCCACCCCAAGUAAGCAGCUUGACCCUCCUGAUGAUACCAUUCCUCAAAAGAAACCUGCUCGAUAUCGGAGAGCAGUCAGCUAUGACAGUAAGGAAUACUACAUGAGACUAGCUUCCGGAAAUCCAGGAUUUGUCCAAGAUGCCAUUGUAGAAAGUUCAGAAGGCGAGUCUACACAGCAGGAACCAGAACAUGGAGAAGAUACAAUUGCCAAAGUUAAAGGCUUGGUUAAACCUCCUCUGAAAAGAUCUCGUUCUGCUCCUGAUGGGGGGGAUGAAGAAAAUCAAGAACAACUACAAGACCAAAUUGCUGAGGACAACUCUAGAGAGGAGGAAGAGAAAACAGAUAAUGCAACAUUACUUCGCCUACUAGAAGAGGGAGAGAAGAUUCAACACAUGUAUCGUUGUGCUCGGGUCCAAGGCCUAGAUACCAGUGAAGGCCUACUUCUCUUCGGUAAAGAACAUUUUUAUGUGAUUGAUGGGUUUACAAUGACAGCUACCAGGGAGAUUCGGGAUAUUGAGACCUUGCCUCCAAACAUGCAUGAGCCAAUUAUUCCAAGAGGAGCAAGACAAGGGCCCAGUCAGCUCAGAAGGUCAUGCAGCAUUUUUGCAUAUGAAGAUAUCAAAGAAGUUCACAAAAGGAGGUAUCUGUUGCAGCCUAUUGCUGUGGAAGUUUUCUCAGGAGAUGGACGGAAUUAUCUUCUUGCUUUUCAGAAAGGAGUUAGAAACAAAGUUUACCAGAGGUUUUUAGCUGUUGUGCCAUCUUUGACAGACAGUUCAGAAUCUGUGUCUGGGCAGCGACCAAAUACCAGUGUGGAACAAGGAUCUGGAUUGCUUAGCACUUUAGUGGGAGAGAAGUCUGUGACACAGAGAUGGGAGAGAGGUGAAAUCAGCAAUUUCCAGUACUUGAUGCACUUAAAUACCUUGGCUGGCAGAUCUUAUAACGAUCUUAUGCAGUAUCCUGUCUUCCCUUGGGUCCUUGCUGACUACGACUCACAGGAGGUUGAUCUUGCUAAUCCCAAGACAUUCAGAAACUUAGCCAAGCCAAUGGGAGCACAGACAGAUGAAAGAUUAACGCAAUACAAGAAGCGUUAUAGAGAUUGGGAAGAUCCUAAUGGAGAAACCCCAGCCUAUCAUUAUGGCACCCACUACUCCUCUGCAAUGAUUGUAGCCUCAUAUCUUGUUAGGAUGGAGCCUUUUACCCAGAUCUUCUUGCGACUUCAGGGUGGCCACUUUGACCUGGCUGACCGAAUGUUUCACAGUGUGCGAGAAGCCUGGUACUCUGCUUCAAAACACAAUAUGGCAGAUGUGAAAGAACUCAUUCCAGAAUUCUUUUACCUCCCAGAAUUCCUGCUGAACUCGAACAACUUUGAUCUAGGCUGCAAACAGAAUGGCACCAAGCUUGGAAAUGUAAUACUUCCACCAUGGGCCAAAGGAGAUCCUCGAGAAUUCAUCAGAGUCCAUCGAGAGGCUUUGGAAUGUGAUUAUGUGAGCGCCCACCUGCAUGAAUGGAUUGACCUAAUCUUUGGCUAUAAACAGCAAGGCCCUGCUGCAGUAGAUGCUGUAAAUGUCUUCCAUCAUCUCUUUUAUGAGGGGCAAGUGGAUAUCUACAAUAUUAAUGACCCAUUAAAAGAAACAGCUACCAUAGGAUUCAUUAAUAACUUUGGACAGAUACCAAAACAGCUGUUUAAAAAGCCUCAUCCACCAAAACGAGUGAGGAGUCGACUCAAUGGUGACAAUUCUGGACUCUCUGUACCACCUGGGCCUACAAGUGACAAGAUCUUUUUUCAUCAUUUAGAUAACCUCCGGCCUUCUCUUGCCCCUGUAAAAGAACUGAAAGAGCCAGUGGGACAAAUAGUGUGCACAGAUAAAGGCAUUCUGGCUGUGGAGCAGAAUAAGGUUCUCAUUCCACCUACCUGGAACAAAACUUUUGCUUGGGGCUAUGCAGAUCUCAGCUGUCGCCUAGGAACCUAUGAGUCGGAUAAGGCAGUAACUGUUUAUGAAUGUCUGUCAGAAUGGGGACAGAUUCUCUGUGCAAUCUGCCCAAGCCCCAAGCUGGUCAUCACUGGUGGGACAAGCACCGUUGUAUGUGUGUGGGAGAUGGGCACCUCCAAAGAGAAAGCAAAAACCCUGACGCUUAAACAGGCAUUGCUUGGCCACACAGAUACCGUCACCUGUUCUACAGCCUCAUUAGCCUAUCAUAUAAUUGUCAGUGGGUCACGUGAUCGAACCUGCAUCAUCUGGGAUUUGAACAAACUGUCAUUUUUAACUCAACUGAGGGGUCACCGAGCUCCUGUUUCAGCUCUUUGUAUCAAUGAAUUAACAGGAGACAUAGUAUCUUGUGCUGGCACAUAUAUCCAUGUUUGGAGUAUUAACGGGAACCCUGUUGUGAGUGUGAACACAUUCACUGGCCGAAGUCAGCAAAUAGUGUGUUGCUGCAUGUCAGAGAUGAACGAAUGGGACACUCAAAAUGUCAUCGUAACAGGACAUUCAGAUGGAGUGGUUCGAUUUUGGAGAAUGGAGUUUUUGCAAGUUCCUGAAACACCAGCUCCAGAACCUGUUGAAGACCUGGAAAUGCAAGAAGACUGUCCAGAGGCACAGAUAGGGCAAGAAGGCCAAGAUGAAGACAGCAGUGACUCAGAAGCUGAGGAGCCAAGCGUUAUCCAAGAUCCUAAAGAGACUCCCAGCCAACCGGGCAGCAUGAGCCACAGACCAAGGGCAGCAUCUUGCCGAGCAGCAGCAGUGUGGUCAACUGACAGUGGCUCAGAUGACUCCAGGCGCUGGUCUGACCAGCUCAGUUUGGAUGAGAAAGACGGCUUCAUUUUUGUAAACUAUUCUGAAGGACAGCCCAGAGUCCAUCUUCAAGGUCCUCUUAACCAUCCCCACCCAUAUCCUGUUGAUGUUCGGCAUUAUAACAGCCUUAAACCUGGAUAUAGGUGGGAGCGGCAACUUGUAUUUAGAAGCAAAUUAACUAUGCACACAGCAUUUGAUCGGAAAGACAACGCUCACCCAGCAGAGAUCACAGCACUAGGCAUCUCCAAGGAUCACAGUAGGAUCCUCGUCGGCGACAGUCGAGGCCGAGUUUUCAGCUGGUCUGUGAGUGACCAGCCAGGCCGCUCUGCUGCCGACCAUUGGGUGAAAGAUGAAGGAGGUGACAGCUGUUCGGGCUGUUCUGUCCGAUUCUCCCUCACAGAAAGGCGACACCACUGCAGGAACUGUGGCCAGCUCUUCUGCCAGAAAUGCAGCCGAUUUCAAUCUGAAAUCAAACGUUUGAAAAUCUCAUCUCCUGUGCGUGUGUGUCAAAACUGUUAUUACAACCUGCAGCAUGAGAGGUGCCCAGAAGAUGGACCUAAAAAUUGCUGAGGCUUCCAACAGGCUAGGCUGACUGGAAACAAAGAGCUACUCAACCUCGUUUUGAAAAACAAGAAAAGGCUUUUUAGAAGAUAGUUGUAAAUCUGCCUUCUUUGCAAGCAACUGUGUAUAUUGUAAAUACAUAUAAUGGCCUUUUUAUCUAAAUAUGAACUUAAUUAACAGCCCAUAACAUGGGGCUUGAGACUAAACCACUAAUUUAAUGAACUGCUUAGAGUUUAUCUGGCAUCUCUCAUCUAUCAACUCAAUUAUGAAUAUGCUUCAAAAACCACCAAGAGCCUCCUCCAAGGCAUCAUCUAGGGGCUUUUUUCUCUCCUUUCAAAUCCCACCUAUGCAUGUGUGUCUUCUUUCAGUUGCCCACAGCAUUGUCAUUUAAACUAGGCUAGUCACCAAAAUAAUAUGGCCCUUCUUGAUAAGCAAACAGUGUGGGAGAAUAUUAUUCUAGUUGUAAGAUAACCAGGAAUCAUCGCAGUUUUCUUGGCAUUUUAUACCUGGCUACUUACCACUUCAGUGUUGUUCAUAUGUAAUAAGGUCAAUUUUAUACAUAUAUUAGGGCUGCUGUUUGGGUCAUAGUGUAACUUCUUAGCAUUUAAUAAUUCAAUCAGCUGAUUCAUGCAGUGCAGGAACCAGCCCAGACCUCCUUAAACCAAUGGAAAUAUGCUUGCAUGUAACUCAGAGCUAGUUUCUCUUGCAUAAAGUAUAAGCACGCGUCUUUGGUGACUGGCUUAUUUAAAAAAUAAUAAUAAUAACUGUACAGAAUUAAAAUAUAACCCUUGAUGUUAUAACUGGAUAGUGUCAGGACUACUUGAGGUCACCUCUACCCAUUCAAUACCAUCUACCUGAAAACAGUACAAUUUAUACAAUAUCAAUGUCUAUAUUUUGUUUUACUAUGAAUAUAAUUGCAAUAUUUUUAAUAUUCAUUUGUUUAAUUUGCACCAUAAGUAGAAAACAGAGUAAAUAAAUACACCUUAUAGGGAUUAAAGCUGGUGAAGGGCCUACGGGUAGAUAAUAGGAAAGAGGCUUUGGUACUGGUAUUUUUUUUAAUGUGUGUCGAGAGAAAGAGUAAUCUAGAUUUUAACAUUUUUCAAACACUUAGUAAUUCUAUAAAGGCCUGUUAUUUUUUAAAUGUAGAAAAGUUAAUGGCCUUAAAUAAGAAGGAAGGGCCUUCAUCUGGAACCUGUUCUGAAUUAAAUUCACAAUCCCUCAUCUGUUAGCCCUGGUGAUGGACAUGCAUAAACUUUAAUGCCCAUAUGCACAUGCAUAAAAUAGCUCAGACUCUAUACUCAUCCAUGUACCCAAUGGACUAGAGCCAACUUCCGCUUUGGAAAAUUCAAUCUUUGUUUCCCUGUAUUUGAAUUGGCAGUCUAAUUAUGGCCUCACAGUAAAUGAGACUUGUUAAAACAUUUACAUAUCUAAGAGAAAUUGUUCAAGUACUUUGUUUUUCCAAAAAGAUUAAUGGCAUUGAGGAAUCACCCCCUGAAAGAAGUUGUCCUCUGUUUCCAUUGCGAAGUUGUAUCAUGUUACUGUACUUUUUUUCCAAAUACAGCAUCUUUGUCCUAAAGUUCCCCUACCAGGUUUCCCCUCAACCAAAUGGCAGAGGUGUUUUGUCAAAGCUUGAAUCUAUGAAUAUGUCUGCUUAGUUACUCAGGACUAAUUCCUCUGUAACCUAAAUGUCUGUGGGAUGAACACUUUGAAACUUUCCAACUCCAUGAGCAAAAAAGUGGCUACCCAACCCCACCUGGUCACAUUUCCUCUGGCAGCUGGUGCUGUGGGCAACUGUUUUGUUCAAAGGAGUUUUCUUUUGUUCUUGCUUCGAUGUGAAGACACAAAACAGCUGGAGCAGCAGCAGGAUCCAAACUCGUUUUCCUUGGAUCAAUUUCUGUUAUCCGGGUCCACAUGUUGAACAUAAUCAUAUUCACAAUGUACAGCCAUCUUUCCAAGUGGUCUCUGUUCUCUGCAAGUACCUCACAUGCCUUCUUUCGCCUUGCUCUUGGAAGCGUCAGAAUUCAUGUUGUCCUCAGCCAUUAGUGUGUAGUAUGCAGGUAUAAUGUCAUGCUUCUGAAAAGGUGAGCUGCCCACAGUGACCAUCCACCUGGACAAGAGCAAAACACUUUAGAGAAAUUAUUUUGCACUUUCUUAUGUACAAAGUUGGUAGAAACUUAUUUUUUGCUUUAUAUCAUUUAAAGAACUUUUGUUUUGGUAAUUGAACUGUGUAUAAAAUAUUUAUGCAGUUAAAACUUUUUAGAAAGUAUUUUUAAUUUCAGCAAGUGUGUUUACUUGUUGCAUGACUAUUAACACAGCUGACUUUUUGUGUCAGUGCAAUGUAUAUUUUUUGUCCAGUUAUUAACUUGUUAGCCCUAGUAAACAGCCAUUGAUUUGUACAGCAACAGAAAUCAAUUGAAGAUAACUAGCUAAGACUGGAUUGUGGAAUUUUGUACUAUAUUGCAGAAUCCAAUAUCUGUUUUUUGGUGGUUAUGUAAAAGGCCUGAAGAAUUACUAUGUAGUGUGCAAUCUGUGAUAUCUGAAUGUUCAUUGUCUAUCUGUCUGAUGCAAAAAGGUAGAUUAAUACAAUUACAAUACAUGAUUAAAUGCAAUAGUUCGGGUACCUAAGUAUUUUUUCCAUUUCAAAUAAAUACCUGCUAUUUACCACCAAAAAGUUGUUUUAAGCUGGUUUUUUUUUAAGCAGAGUCCAAUAAAGACUUCCUGAAUUUUUGUA